CAUCAGAUGAUGAAUCUGCGGUUCACAUUCACUUUACCCGCACAGUACUGUAGCAGUAAACUAUCUUCCAGAGUUUUCAUCUUCCUCCCCGUCGCCUCUCCGGUCUCCCCCUGCAUCUGCGGUGCCCCCGGCGGUGGCGAUGGCGGCGACCACGGCGGUAGCAGCGUGUCGAGGAAAUCGGCACCUGUGGCGGCGCCCCAUCCCUCCCUUUCGUUACCGCGUCCUCCAGCUCCUCCCCCUCGCCGCUCGACUCCACGCUGCCGUCCCUGAGGGCUUGCGGCCGCUGCUCUCCGAGCCGGCGACAGCGCCGCGACUGCCUUCCCAGGUUGCGGCCUCCGGCACUGGCGCAGGUGGUCUGCUUGGCACUGUAGCACGCGGAGUCGACCUCAGCCCCGCGGCCGGCAGCUGGCCCUGCGUCUAGCGGGCUCCGCCGAUGCCGCUCAAGGUCUGCUCGGCGCCGCAGCACCAGCUCCACCCAUGGGUGAUGGCGUCGACAGCAGCAAGGCCAAGGUCAUGUUCAAGAUGUGGUUCCACGCCACGCACUCACGACAUCGCCUCCUUCCCUCCCAGGCUUGAAGCAGAGGUUCGAUUUUUUCCCAUUUUUGACGAGUAACGGGGUGUGCUUCCCAAUGCAGGUGCCGGACCUGGCCACCUGGGGUGGGAGGCGGUGGUGGUGGUGGUGACGCCGCAGGACGCAGGGUGGCCGACGGCGCGGUCGGAGCCCGCGGAGGUCGCCGGCGGCGCGUGCCGAUGGGCGGCCCCCAUCUUGGAGGACACCAAACUCCCUGCCGCUCGGCAAGGACAGGAUCUUGGUUCCCAGUCCGGCGACGAGCGGUGGGAGGCGGCCAUGGUAGGAGACUGCCGUGCAAUCUUUGGAGAAGAAGGCGGAGUAGUAGAACCCCGUGCAGCUCGCCCAAGAGCGCGGCUCCUGCGGGUCACCCUCCCUUGCGUCGCCUCCUGCGCCGCCGCGGCUGGUGGUCCGCCAUGAGCUCGGCAUCUCCGCUGCCGCGAGCUCGAGGUAGCAGAGUAGAUGUGGAGCAGCGGAGCAGUGCAAAUUUCCUAGCUCCACGUUUCUAUGUUCUUGAUUAUUUUCUUUUCCGCUUUUUUACUGGUCUCCCGCGGUAUCCAAUUCAUGAUGAUUUUUCUACAUAUGAUUUCAUUUAUCUCUUUGUUUUGCAGGUUCUACAUUCUGCAGUUCAAUUCGCUCUACAGAGGACUGCUACUUACAUUAGGGAUUUCACAAAUCUGUCUUCAUUCCUGUUAAUUUUUCUCUGUUAGCGCAGUUAACUUCUGUGGAAGGAAUCUUAAGGCUGCAAUACUACGUAGUUGACCUAUAACCUAUUUCCCAACAAAGAUCCAUCAAUGGUCGCGAAGAACAAGCAGAACAAUAAGACAACAUUGACCAAUGAAACAAUGAUGGCAUUAGCAGGCUUUGAUCAAAGGUAUGAUCACCUUUUGAUAGCGUUAAUAACCUUCUUUUAAUACCAGUGGGGCGGUCUUUCCCCACCCGGCCGAGUUUUUUAUAGCCUUCUUUUAAUGCUUAAUAUGGAUGCCAUUUCUUUCCAAAGAGGUCACAAAGUUCUACAAUAAUUUGAUUUCAGAGAUGCACAUAAUGGAAAUGAUGUCUUUUCAAACAUGUGAUCAGGUAGCUCCUGGUUGGCUUCUCCAUUUUAUACAUGUCUGAAGACGUGGCGGCAGUGGCGGACCUGCGUUUCCUGGGCUCACGGCUGCGUGAACAUCAACUGGGGCCUGAAAUAACUUGAACACACUAGUAACAGUACAUCUACAAAAUGAUGGUCCAGUGACAAGAUGUGAUCCCAGUCUUUAUUACAAAAGAAAAACAAGGCAAGAUCAUCCCCGGAGCGCCAACAAAAACUUAAUACAAGUCAGGAGCGGGACAACCAUUCCCCAUUCCACGGAAUUUACUUCAGCACUGCCUACGCUGGAAGAUAUAAUAAGCAGUAUUGCUUUUUGUAUAAAUAAUUGUACUAUUACAUAUGCCUAAUAAUAUAUGGACAUACAACGCCAAUGCUAUGUCUAUAUGUAUUAAUGAUGUCCAACUUUAACCUAAUGAUAGCUAGGCGCGCCAAGGCGCAUGCAAAAUACUCAGUGCUUAGCACACACAAACCUAAGCACAAAGAGUCGAGCCGGUCAGACAAAAUGUCGUAGGUAUUCGGCGGUGGUUUCGAGAUUCGGACUCGUUUGGGACGCGGCAGCGGCGGCGGCGGCGGCCAUCGGACUCCGACUCCAAACCGGAGCUGCAGCGGGAGUCGGAGUCGAAGGCGCCCACCUAUUUCUGCGAGAUGGCCGCCCGGGCAUCCAUCUCUCUUGGCAUCCUUCGAUCUCCGCUCGCAGCAGUCAAAGUUUGUGUUUUUCCAUUUGGAUUUUCGGAUCGGAUGGCUAGCAGGCGGCGCCCUCGGCUGGCGGAUCUCCCGGCGAGCACAACACCAAGCGUCUUCGCGCCGCCGGCGCCGCGGCCUCCUCCUCGCCCUGGCCGUCGAUGGGUAGCAGGCGGCGCCCUCGGCCGGCGGAGGCAGUCGGCUCGCCAGCCGCGCCUCCCGGCGAGCUCAGCACCAAGCGUCAUCGCGCCGCCGGCGCCGCGGCCUCCUCGCCCUGGCCGUCGAUGCCCGAGGACCUGGUGUCGCGCGUCGCGGAGCUCGUGCUCGCCGGCGACCUGCUCGACUAUGUCCGCUUCUGCGCCGUGUGCCGCCACUGGCGCUCCUGCACGGCGGAUCCGCGCGGCCACGGCAUGUCGGACCCCCGCUUCCACCCGCGGUGGUGGACGAUGCUCCUCGAGGGCCACGGCCUGCACCCGGGCCACGCCAGGCUCCGCGGCCGCGGCCGCUUCUUCAACCGCGGCAAGGGCGCCUUCGUGGCCGUCCGCCUCCCGCUGCUCGCCGACCACUGCGUCUUUGACUCCCCCGAGGGCCUCCUCCUCCUACAGCGCGACGCGGACGCCGCCGUCCGCCUCCUCCACCCCUUCACCGGUGACCUCUGCGAGCUCCCGCCGCUGACGUCCCUCAUCCCGCAGCUCGACCGCCUCACGGGCCACCGGCCGCGCCUCGACGCCGACGACGAGCACAUGGUGCAGUAAUUUGGCAGGGUCUCCGCCCAGCACGGUCACGGUCGUGCAGACGCACGAGCACAUCUGCCAAUUCGCCCACGCGUCCCCCGGCGACCGGAGGUGGGAGCUCACGGCCUGGAGCACGGACCGCGUGGCCAGGACGCUGUGGUUCCAUGGCAGCCUGUAGCAUCUUGCGCCUGGAACCUCCACCGCCGCUUGAGGUUGAGGACGAUGGCUCAUCAUCCUCUUCUUCACUCCAACCACCACAGGUGAUCGCCACGGUUCCAUCCAAGCUGAUGAUCCUGCCGCAGCUUGUGGAAUGUGACUCGGAGAUCUUGGUGGUCGGCAGCAUCGACAUGUCCCGUUCGCGCCUUGUGGUUGUCAGGCUUGCCGACCUCCUGCUAGGAGAGCCAGCCGCUGCUCCAUUGAUGACGAGCAUCGGCGACAACUGCCUCUUCUUUGGCAUGUGCAGCCUGGCCGUCUCCUCCAAGGGUCUGCCUUCCGUCUCCGGGAACUCCAUCGUUCUCUGCGACAGCAUAGAAGGGGAUCGCCUGAUGCAGUACAGCCUCAGCAAUGGCGCCUUGUCGCCGGCGUGCGACGGAGACAUUGUCGAGAGCCCCCCGCCCAGCCCGCACAGCAUUGUCCACCACCUCGUCACCUGCUGCUACCGCUAUUUCUGGAACAAAGGGCUGAUUUACUGCUCCAGAACGAAGCCUACAUGGGGGAAGAAACGAAAGUGGCGGUUGGGGGCUUGAGCCCUCGAGGAUCGUAGUCGUAGGUGCCACUGGCUGAUUCAGUUGCUUCAAGCAAUAGCUGAUUUACUGAUUCUAUUGUGGAAUUGGGGAAGUUGCCAUGUUACUUCAGUUUAGCUCUGAUGUAUUGCAUGUUUAUAAACUAGUUUUUGUCAUACCUGUUAAACACGGUGUCCACUGAGCUUCAGUUUUUCUGUUUUUACCAAUAAAAAAAGGUUGGGGGCUCCU